CUCUAAUCCCCUUUCUGUUUCCCGCCAAAGCUCUCAAAUCCCUAAAAUCAAAUCCCUAAAAUCAAACGGUCCCUUUCGUAAAGAGGAGAGAACAGAGAUGGAUCUUAAACAAGCCGGUUCAUCACUCGAUUCUCUGAUAUCUUCAUUCAACACUCGAAUCGCUGAGCUACAAGAACUCGUCAUUGCAAGGAACAUGUACCCGGCGAGUAGUGUGACGGAUUUGUCGGCAAUUGAUGCGGCAUUGAAGGGCAUGGAGCUUCAAGUGAAGGCGAUCAAGGACCGCUUGCACGAGGAAACCGAGGCCAUUCCAAAAGCCAAAAAACUGAUUGCCAAAUCGCUGCGGCAGCAGAAGAAAUUACAGAGUUUGUCUGUUUAUGCACCCUCAUAUUUGCCUGAAAGAACUGCAACCUUGAAUUUGGACUCUGAUAGAGGUUUGGUUCCUGAAGCCUGUAAACAGCAGCCUAAUCAGAGCACUAUGGUUGUGGAGCCUGCUGCUAUACCAAAGGAGAAGAAAAGCCGUGGCUCUCCGCUGUUAUGGUACAUAACUGCCGGUGAACUAGAUUCAUUGUCUUCGUACAUGAGAGGAAGGCUCACACUUGAGAAGGUCAAUGCAGCUAUUAAUGACAUGGCAACAUAUGCUGAGGCAAAUGCUCAGCUUAUUGCUGCUCCUAAGAAGAAGUUGGCAGAAAAUCAAUGGGAGAGAUCCUUGGAACUGAGAGAUAUUGCAACGACAGAAUCUAUAAAGGGAAAGCACUUUUUCCUUGAAACUGACAUGAAAGGACCAUCAUUGAAGCUUGACAAUACUGGAAAAGCGAUUCUAACUGUCCUUCGUCACCUUGGUCGAAUCAGUGAGACUCGGAUGGGACAUCAUCGUGUGAUCAUUCUUUUGAAACCUCAAUGAAUUGUCUCAAUUCAUGUACGCUUAAUUACAGCUUAUAUUGUUAAUUUUGUGUCUAACUCGCAUUGAUGUUGAAGUGUGAAGAUGAUUAAGUAGGCAGUAACUAUCUAGAGUCCUGGAUGAGUAUUAGUAAAGCUUACUAGGACUCUCUCUAGGAAUAUAUGGUUCAAAUCUGAACUCUUUCUGAUAUGAAAGUUGAAUAACAAGAAUAUAAACUUAUAUA